UUUUUUUUUUUGGGCCCGCACCCCAGUCACAACCCUGAAUAUAUCCCUUAGUUGACGCUUUACCUCCGUCCAAAGGAAGAAGAAGAAAAAAAGCCAAGCUUUGUGACUUCUUCGGGUGACAGACAACAAACUGGGAGUCGAGAACCGAGAACUCACUUAAUAACGAAGAAAGCACGCACAUAACCAGGGCGUCCAUCGCAAGUCUGCUGGCACCAUGUCCGAAUCCAUCCUCUCCAGGAAAUACUUCGACAAUGUCUACAUCCCCGUAGGACUCAUCAUCGUCGGCUCUCUCAUCGUGGACCGUCGCUGGAUUGUCUACAGCGUGAGCAUCGCCCUCGCGCUCGGCGCCUGGAAGUUCCACAGCCUUCAACCGAAGAAGGUCCUCAAGCCCGACUCAUUCCAGGACUUCGAGCUCAAGGAGAAGACGGUCAUCUCCCACAAUGUAGCCAUCUACCGAUUCUCCCUCCCUUCCCCCUCUUCCAUCCUCGGCCUCCCCAUCGGCCAGCACAUCUCCAUUGGCGCGACUCUGGCGCAACCUGACGGCACCCCGAAGGAGAUUGUGCGGUCGUACACCCCCAUCUCGGGUGACCACCAGCCGGGCUACUUCGACCUCCUCAUCAAGUCCUACCCCACCGGCAAUAUCUCCAAGUACAUGGCCUCCCUCAAGGUGGGCGAGACCAUUCGCGUAAAGGGCCCCAAGGGCGCCUUCGUCUACACCCCGAACAUGGUCCGCCACUUCGGCAUGAUCGCCGGAGGCACCGGCAUCACGCCCAUGCUCCAGGUCAUCCGCGCCAUCAUCCGCGGCCGUGCCGCCGGCGACAAGACCCAGGUCGACCUCAUCUUCGCCAACGUCACGUCCCAGGAUAUUCUCUUGAAGGAGGACCUCGACGCCCUCGUCAAGGAGGACAGCGGCAUCCGUGUCCACUACGUGCUCGACAACCCUCCCGAGGGCUGGACUGGCGGUGUUGGCUACGUCACCCCCGACAUGAUCACGAAAUGGCUCCCCAAGCCUGCCGACGACGUCAAGAUUCUCCUCUGCGGUCCUCCUCCCAUGGUGAGCGCGCUCAAGAAGACCACCCAGGCCCUCGGCUUCCAGAAGGCCCGUCCCGUCAGUAAGCUGGAGGACCAAGUCUUUGCCUUUUAGACGACGGCAUAUAGUGCACUUUGAGCAUUAAAAAAACAAAAGCGUCUCCUUCGUCAGAGUAGAGAAGAAGCAAGCAUAAGGAAAAAGGACGCGCCCGGAACUGAAUAGAGAGGGUUAAUAUGAGAGACAAUCAUGAAUAGGCUACCUUAUGCGGCGCUUUGUACGGAUACAUGUACCUUUAUCAACACAACAUGAAAUGCCCUUUUUUUUUCGUCCUCCGAAAUCGGCGCUCGACCUUUAGUACCUGGG